AUGUUUGAUGAAAAACAUGUUACCAUUGCUGAUGUCAGUAUAACAAGUUUCUUUCGUAAUUUAUUUAUAGCCAAUGCUAAAUUUGACGUCGAACGAUAUCCAUUUACUUUUUCAUAUGUUAAUAGAAUACUUUCGUUAUCAUAUUUUCAAUCGCUAAUUCCAUUUGAAAAGAUUAGUAUCGCCACUCCAAUUUCAAAUCAUCGAACGGCAUUAGCCAACGGGAAUGCUCCAAUUAGUAAUGAAACAUUUGGGAUUGACAAACCAAAACCCGGUGCAUUUUCCGAACGACCAUCAUCAUAA